AUGUGAUAUCUUAACUGAGACACAAAAAAAUGACCUCUAUUCGCCUGGCAGUGGUGAUCGGUGCCCUUGUUUUCCUUUGUGCCAUAUCCCUUGGCGAUGGUCUUCGGAUGUCCAAUGGGCCUAAAAAGUGCUGUUUUGAAUUUGCUGUUCAACAAUUGCCAAGAGGACGCAUUCAGGAGUACACUAAAACUAGCCCUAGGUGCUCUAACCAAGGAGUUCUGUUCAAAACCAAUGCAGGCCGGCAGGUCUGUGCCAACCCUUCUGACAGCUGGGUGCAGGACUACAUGAAGCAUUUCGACAGGACAAAUAUGAAGAAACAAAACCUGUGAAAAAAUUGAAUGCCAGCAUCCCUCAAACUGCUUACACCACUGUGCAAUCGAAUGCCAUUUGUUCUAAAGUGUCUUUGCUUACAGAGAACGAACUGACAACACACAUACUCCUAUUUAACCCAUUAAGUACCAAAUUCAUUUUUCUUUGAAAAAAUCAGAACACCAGCUGUAUUUAUGUAAUUUGAUACAUUCUAAAUCAAUAUUUCUUCACAAAUAUAUAUAUAUAUAUAUAUAUAUAUAUAUAUAUAUAUAUAUAUAUAUAUAUAUAUACAGUAUAUAUAUAAUUCUUCGUUUAGGCUCAAGGCAGUCACAUUAGAUGUGCCUGUAAUCAGACCAGUCAAAUUUCAUGGAUCACGGAUAUUAAGUUCAUAGAAAAUGGAGCUUUAUCAUCACUAUUAUAAUGAGUCCUCAUAAAAGCCCCUGAAGGGCUAUAUUUGUAGAAUUGCCAGUUAAAAAUGCUCCAGAAAGUACAAAGUAGCCUGUCAACAAAUGAAGACAAUGGCACUUAAUGGGUUAAUAUUGACCUCUGCAUAUGUGUAGGUCAUAUAUUUUCCUUGGGCAGCAAUUUGAUCAUACAGCAGACAUAUCCAGACAUAAGCUUUGAAUUAUUGAAUUUUAAUACGUUAUCUUUGCAAACCCGAUGUUGUCUAUUGAUGAGAGAAUAUGUUUUCUACAACUGUAGUGAAUUACGUUUUUAUAUUGGAAUGUUUUGUUUAAUAUGUUAACACCAACUUAUUUAACCAGUGUGUUGUUCUUGAAUAAAGGCACCAUGCAAAAAAGAACACUUUUAUAUUUAAGACUCAAAAUGUACUUUAAGGGCUACUGUGAAGUCCAUCCAUACGGGAGAGAACUUAAUCUUAAACAUAUUCCCAAACAUUUUUUUUUAAUUAAUAUAACUGAUCAUUUAUUAUCUUGAGAACAGGGUUUGCUGAAUGAAAGCGGAAAAAAAAAGCUGAAGUUGGAUGUCUAGUGCGCUUUAUGAAUAUUACAGACAUUUAAACACGUGUGCUAUCUCAAGAAAUAAAUGUAGUGUACUGCUUUUGAAAUGUGUUAUUUCUACAAUAAAGUUAUUUGUUGCAGUCA